CUUGCUCUAUAACAUCAGUCGAGAACCAGCCGCCAGUGGAGACACACGUGUGUCUGACCUAACACCCAUCCUCACUCUCCUUAAGAGAUUUUAGGAGACUAUCUGUGACUGGAAGUGAAAAAGUGAUAUUCUUAAGAGGGAUUUACUGAGACGAGGGAGACUGAAGUGAUUCGUGUCAUCCAUAAGUCGACCCACACGAGGACGUUGUUUAUAAACACUGCCAGUGCUGGAAGCUCAUUAACAUAUUUUGUGACCUGAGGGAGUGUGACCUGAGGGAGUGUGACCUGAGGGAGUGCGACCUGAGGGAGUGCGCUGCCCAAGCAUUCAUUAAAAUCCAAGAUUUUACUGAGAUACGGAAGAAAGUGGGAAUAAAAGCAGCACAAUUUAAAACCACGUGUCACCUUGCACGUCCAGGAACUUAAAGAAGAUGAGGAUGUUGUGGCGUGCGUGGAUGUUGGGCGUGGUGAUGGUGGUGGGCGUGGCGCGGUGUGAGGACCGCUGGGUGUGGGGUAACAUCAAGGCCUCCAGUAUCCCCGGCUACGUAGAACCCACUACCGCCUCGCCGCUCGAACCAACCACCUUCCGUCCACAAUAUCAACCGGUUGGGCGAGCGGCGGCUUCCCAACUACGUCACUUUCCCCGCGUCACCGCUAACCCUUACUUUGUAAACGCCUUCCAGCCCUUCUCACUAGUGCCGCCGCCCCGUACGUCCUCUGAUGGCACUACUAAGAGUCGCGUGACGACCGAUACGGCCUUCGACGGCGCCAGUGGAGCAGUGCUGGAUGCCGGGGACAAGUACACCACACUGGACCGUCUGCAGAGUGAGCGAGGGGCUCCUCCUGCCUUCCCCCGCCCGGAGAAACACCAGCUAGGCGGCCUCCACCCUGACGAGGUGUUCUACGCUGACGACGAUCUCCUCAUCAUCAAGGGAGGAGGCUUCAACUCUGACGCGUUCGAGGAGCCGUCUCAGCCACUGGAUGCUGACGACGACGAUAUCAGAGAGGGGUCGGCCACCAGGGUGUCAUCAGUAGUGGCUCCUCUACCUUCCCCUCACCAGGAGUACAACGGCAACAUCCCCGCCAUAGUGCCUUACCCGCAACGAAUGAGUCACCAGCCCCUCUCCCUCUUUGUUGAAGGAGCCUCAACCAACAACUACAUCUUAGUUCCUUACGUCUUCCAACAACCUGGAGUCGGCGUAGCCACGGCUGAUGGAACCUUCAAUAAUCACAUUGACAACAGUUACGUGAAUUUGCGGAAGCCCUUGAAGAGUGCGCAGUACGUGUACCAUAUUCCUUACCAGCCAGUUUUUCUUACACACCAUAACAUCAUCCCAGUUGUACCGCAGGUGCAGCAGCACCCCAGCACCCUACAGCAGGCGCAGCAGCACCCCAGCACCCUACAGCAGGUACAACAGCACCCCAGCACCCUACAGCAAGUGCAACAGCACCCUAGCACUCUCAAACUGCCACACUCUCUUGCUGGCGACACUGCCGUCAACUAUAGGCACCCACGGCCACCAAUCAAUCCUGACGCAGAGCUUGUGGUUCCAUCUAGCACCUCUAGUGCCAACUUCUUCUACCCCGGCAGCAAUCGCCGUCAGCAGAGCAGACCCAGGCUGUGAGCUCCACAUACACCUACACAACACAUCCUAACAGAUACAAAAGAAAAAAAACGCAUCUUCUGCCCACCACACAACACACUAACUUUCACACAAUACGAACAUACACUGCUCUAGCGUGAAUACACACACACACACACACACCUCUGCUCACCAAAACACACAGCAACGAAACACAAGCACAAAAACACACACACACAAGUCUCUGCUUUUAGCCACAACACCCCCACCACACAUACUCACCUCUAACACAACCACACUGCAUUCAAAUGUGCCUUGCCGUCUAUCUUCCUUUUGUACAGUAGUAUAAGUAUAUGUAAUUUAGUUUAUAUAUAAUAUAUAUACAUAUAUAUUAAAAACUAUGAACUAUA